AUGGCGACUUCAGCUAGUGGCGUUUACUCCGAGACGCUACAGUCCAUCGUUGAUGCAAAGCUACUGGAGCUCGAACGGAAACGCAAGGUCGACGCGCUGAAGGUCCUCGCCGAUGGUGUCAAGAAGCUGUUUGGUAUCAGGUCAUCCGAAGGUCGCAUUGUUCAAGGUAGCAGCAAGUACCAUGAGCUAGAGCAGAAGCUGUCUAACCUCGAUCGCUUCCUUGCCCAGCCACGAUAUGAUCCUUCUGUCUCGUCAGAUAUGCUUGACGAGUGGGAGAAGGACCUGCAUCAACAGCUUGCCGUCCAGUCUGCUCGGUUCGAGUAUGCAUCGUUGUAUGCCCAGCUCGUCACUGAGUGGCUGACGGCAGAGAAGAAGACGGGUAUCAAGCAAGAACCAGAUGUCGACCUGGACAUGUCAGACUUCGAAGAACUGGAGACCAAACAUAUGAUGGAGGCUCGCGAGAACUGGGCCAAGGAUGUCUUCGAAGCGGCCGAUGUUGAUAGCCCACGAAUACAGGCUUACUUGAGGGAGCUCUUUUCAGACCCGGGCGACGGCAAGCACAUGGCAAAAGCACACCAAGCCCUCAAACGUAGCAUCACAUCAUUUCAGAAUGAGCUGUCUCAGCCGGACCAGUUCAACGAGACUGUGCUCAAGUGGGUCAUCAAAGGACUUCUCAAGACAGAUCUGCUCACCGAAGACAAGCGCAAUGUUCUGCGGGACUUUCUUUCCAAUGCCAUCAUACUGAACGAGCUGGCAGACGUCUUGAAUCUGCGUAUGACCUCCCUAGACGCCUGGUCGUGGGGAGAUAGGGUGCCUUUGGAGCAGAAGCGGAAGAUUCAGGGACACAUCACCUUCGUCAUGCAUGAGGACCUGCUGCAGGCUAUCUUUCUUCAAUACAUAGGUGUCAAGUGGUCUGUAUUCCUUCGUGGUGCUUUCACCGAAUUCAUCAACGCCGACAGAGUGUGGCGAUAUUCUUCACAGAACAUCCCGCCAAUGGCUCUCAAGCGACGAGAGUACUUCCUGGGGCCUCAAAACACGAAUGACAGCCUCAAUGCGAAGCGCUUGGGAUUUUGGAGAUCUGCAUACUUCAUGAGUCAGUUGCCGCGUUCUGAGGCCGAGGACAACGAAAUGCACGAAGGUGAAGUCGAGGCGGAGUUCAGUGCGCCAGCACCGCAGCCGGCGGCACAACAGCAAAUGAUGCAACAGCAAGCCCAGAUGGUACAGGCGCCGGCGGCACCCAUGGCUCGAAGAUCGGCUCCGAUGCCUCAAGCACCUGGCAGUCUGCAGGAUCACCAGAUGGGCCUGAUGAUGCUCAACCAACAGAACAAGAAGCGGAAGGCAAUGUAUCAGGCUAACCGGUUCGGGACUCGAGAUGAGGCAGAUCCAGAGCAGUACGAUGGCAUCAAGAAGCCGAAGAACGUGACAGAAGCCAGGCAGGUUCUGCUGCACUUGCUCAGCACGGAGGUUCUGCUCAAUACAAAAUUAUAUGGCAAUCUAUCGGCUUUCCGUGGUCGAUACGAGCGAUGGAACCCACUACUGCCACACAAGACGAUUCUUGUGGUGAUGCAGCAUCUUGGGGUCUCGACUCGAUGGCUGAAGUUCUUCAGCACCUUCCUGGAGGCUCCACUCAGCUUUGCCGACGAAGAUACCGUUCAUCACCGUAAGCGCGGAGUACCUGGCUCCCAUGCCCUCAGUGAUAUGCUGGGUGAGGCUGUCCUCUUCUGUCUGGACCUGAGAAUUAAUCAGAGGACCGAGGGCGGCUACUUGUGGAGGGUACACGAUGAUUUCUGGUUCUGGUCUUCCAAUCAUGAUGCCACGAUCCAAGCCUGGCAAGACGUCCGAGAGUUCUCGUCUGUGAUGGGCUUGACACUUGACUUCAAGAAGUCAGGCAGCGUCCGAGCAGGUAAUCAAGCCGGACAAGUAGGCGACGAUCUACCAUCAGGAGAUAUCCGUUGGGGCUUCCUCACGCUUGAUAGCUCAUCAGGACGAUUUGAGAUCGAUCAGAAAAUGGUCGAGCGCCAUGUGGACGAGCUGCAUCGCCAACUGAACGCCAAGACAAGCUCUAUCUUCUCGUGGAUAGAAGCCUGGAAUGCCUACGCCAACACCUUCUUCACGACCAACUUCGGCAAGCCCGCAAACUGUUUUGGCCAGCAACACAUCGAUGGCGUACUUUCCACCCUCGAGAAGGCUCAGCGAAAGCUGUUUGAUGACAGUACUGCCUGCAGCGUGGUGGAAUACCUCAAGCAGACACUAGCCACACGUUUCGACAUAAGCAACAUACCCGAGGGCUACAUCUUCUUCCCAAGUGCACUCGGUGGACUGGAGCUGCGGAACCCAUUCGUGCUGCUCUUGCAGCUGCGUGACAACGUCAGCAAAGACCCGCAAGCGGCAAUAGAGAAGUUCAUAGAAGGCGAACGAGAAGCAUAUCGCAAUGCGAAACAGAAAUUUACAAAGUACGAUGGCAGAGCCAAUCGAUAUUCGCCCAACACAUGGGCGCCGGAGGACAAGGAUACAUUCUUCUCUUUCGACGAGUUCACACGAUAUCGGGAAGAGUUCAUGCCCACGCAUGGCUCACAUGGACUAGCUGCGACGUACACAGACUUGCUCCAGCGGCCGAACGAAGAGGACAUCUGCAUCAGCACAGAGCUGAUGAGCGCGCUGAAUCUCAUGGAUACUGGCGGCGUGGUCGGUCAAGAAGGCAAGUGUGGCAUUAAUGGCAACUGGUGGAGUAUGGAAGCGUACUGGAAAUGGAUCUUGGGCGUCUAUGGUCCUGGCAUACUGAGGAAAUUCGGCGGACUGAAUAUUGUGGACAAUGGGGUGCUGCCGAUUGAACGAUCGUUCUUCGCUUGCCCUCGCCCACUUCUCUCCAUCUCACACUACGAGCACGACUAUCAACUCGACCUUGCUAUCACGACACAGACGCCGACACGUCACUGGUCACGCUUGCUCUCGGAACAUAACGAGGCUUGCGAUCCUUGGUUGGCAAUGGCUGGAGUUCACGCCGCACCGCAAUGGGAUAAACCAGAGCCAAAGCUCACGAGCAUGCCUGCCGAAGUCAUCCAGAACAUCUUCUGUAGGGCCAUUCCCCACAAGAUCGACGUCAUUGCGGUGAAGGAUGGUACAUUCGGCGUGGACGGCACGUCACGGCUUCUUUGGUCGCCAGAGUGGGUCAAGGAUCUGGUGUUGGUGUCCGAGAGCAUGUGGCAGAUCAUCGGUCCCAUCGUUAAAGGACGUAUCAGAAUUCACACUGCGACCAGCUCCGGGCUUUCGACCGCUGAGAAGGUUUCCGAAGAUUACGUCCUUAUGCCGUUCCACACACGGGCGUACCUAUGCGCCUUGCAUCAAUCGCGACCGAUGGCUCGUAUCACUACGCCCUCCGAACUUACGAACGCAUUAGAGAGCCUUGCUCAGUUGGCUGGAAGUGAUGCGGCGGUCUUGGCGAGGUUGGCAACGAACAAUUAG